UGUUAAUAUGAGUCAUAUGCCACAUAUGGUGAGCAUUGGGGGACCCUAUUCUAGCUAUGUUGUUGCUACAGUCGGACCUGGUGGAUUGCCUCAAUCAACUUAUGGUAUUGAUAUGAUCUAUCCAAAUGCCACUGUUAAUCCAGUGACUGAGAGAAGAGAUGUCCCGCCUGAAGUUUAUCACAAGGAAGCUCCACAUGAAGUCGUAGCUCCUCCAAACACAGUUCAGUUGCCGACAGCAGCAUUGGCAAACCAUGCUACAAAUGUGGAUCAAGCAGCUGCACAUGCACUGCCACCAAGACCUAAGAGGGUAGCAAGCAGAGAGAACAUCAGCCCAAAGGAUCCGCACCCACACAACUCUUUGUUGAACUGCAAAGGGCCAGAUCUGAAUAUUCCAGCUGAGGAUGUUUCUCUCCAGAAACAGUCAGAUCACAAAGGUGAUGACAUCUCUAACCCAGAUUUACUGAGUAUGGAUGAUGGGUUAGCUACAUCUAAAGCUCAGUCAUCUGAGCCUCAACCUCCUCUGGUAAAUGAAGGAGUUGGGGCAAUUACCAAUAAAGUAGAAGGUGAAGUCCACCCCAACGAGGUUUCCAAGAGCAGGCCAGCAGAUUGGAUUUCAGGAUUUCCAGCUUCAGAUGGACGUCUGCAGAUUAUAAAGAACAAUGACCUUGAAGAGCUCCAAGAGCUUGGUUCUGGAACUUUUGGAACUGUCUAUCAUGGUAAAUGGAGAGGCACUGAUGUUGCAAUAAAAAGAAUCAAUGAUAGAUGUUUUGCUGGGAAACCAUCUGAGCAAGAAAAGAUGCGGUAUGACUUCUGGAAUGAAGCAUCUAAACUUGCUGAUCUGCACCACCCAAAUGUUGUCGCGUUUUAUGGUGUUGUUCUUGAUGGACCUGGGGGAUCCAUUGCCACAGUUACAGAAUAUAUGGUCAAUGGUUCACUUAGGACAGCUUUGCUAAAGAAUGCCAAAACCCUCGAUCGACGCAAGAGAUUAAUUAUUGCCAUGGAUACAGCCUUUGGAAUGGAAUACUUGCAUAGCAAAAACAUUGUGCACUUUGACUUGAAAAGUGACAAUUUGCUUGUUAAUUUAAGGGACCCUCAGCGUCCAAUAUGCAAGGUUGGUGAUCUUGGGCUUUCAAAAGUGAAGUGUCAGACCCUCAUCUCUGGAGGUGUCCGAGGAACACUUCCAUGGAUGGCCCCAGAACUUCUGAAUGGUAGCAGCAGCUUGGUCUCAGAAAAGGUUGAUGUAUUCUCUUUUGGGAUUGUUCUCUGGGAACUGCUAACAGGAGAAGAGCCAUAUGCAGAUUUACAUUAUGGUGUUAUAAUAGGUGGCAUUGUGAGCAACACUCUACGGCCGCCAGUGCCCGACUCCUGCGACCCCGAGUGGAGGUCACUGAUGGAGCAAUGCUGGUCAACAGAACCAUCUGAGCGGCCAAACUUCACAGAGGUUGUGAAUAGGCUGCGCUCCAUGGCGGCAUCCCAGAAGGUACAACAACACUAAGGGACCAUCGGCACGCAGAAGUUGUACCAGGGCAGCAGUCAGUCAAACUUGCAGGUUACAUCCAUGGGCCGCCAAUUCACGCCAUCCGCCAUAUAUGCCUAGGAUCUGUUCAUAACCCUUCAUUUGUUCGUAUAUUGUAAUCAAAAGUUACCCGCCGUGUGUCUACAACGUGUCGUCGCAAUGGACGCAGCAGGUGCCUGCCUAUUCAUUCAUUCAUACCGUUUUGGUCGUCGAGAGGUGCGUUCAAUAAGUUACUAGUCCAGUGUCCGUUAUAGGGGAGUCCGGUAGUGUCCGUUAUAGGGGAGUCCGGUAUUAUUAUUAUUAUUGUUUCAUCUUCUUCUUCGCCCUUUCUCUGGGUAAUAAUUGGGUUACUUGGAAACUGUUGAUCAGUGGGUCAGUUAGAAUGUGAACUGGUUGUUGCUGGGUAAGUAUGUGGUUUGUUGGUAUAUUGAGUCUGGGGACAGAGAGUGAGGUCCUGAUCUGCUUGUAAC